AUGGCUGGUGCUAAAAACACUCAACAAUCAUCGACGCUAGUUACAGUAAAACUACAAACAUUGCUUACGAUUAGCAUACUGAUUAAUGUAUUUUAUGUGGAGCCUAAUAAUGGAUUUAUAGCUGGCCGGAGUAUUGACAGCCUAGUUGCUGACAACCUACGCGUAAAUGAAGGGGACAGCGCCGUCUUGCCUUGCUUCUUCUCGCCAUCUAACGCCCAUAUCGGCAAGUGGUAUUGGAAGACAAAUGGAACUGUCAUCAUAAGAUCAGACGACCCACCAAAAACAAACUCGAGGUAUUCACUGGGUGACUCAACGUCCGGGAAUGUUAGUUUGAUCAUUAAAGUGGUGUUGCGAUGGGACAAGGGUACCUAUACAUGUGGAGUGAACGACCAGUCUACAGGAUCAACCGUACCCCAUUCCGAUGACAGCAAAUUAACAGUGAACUAUUUAGAUAAACCUAAAAUCCAGGCACUAACCGACACACGCAUACCUGAAGGUACGCGAGUAUCUAUGUCAUGUAAAGUUGUGUCGUCAUUUCCGGUAGUGAGUUUGCUCAGGUGGUUCCAUGAGGGUGACAUCAUAGACAGUGCUUCUGGCAAAUAUAUUGUCAGCGAUGAAAUAUUAGAAAUAAAAAAAUUUGAUCAACGUGAUGAAGGGAACUACAGUUGUAGAGCUGAAAACGAAUACUUUUUUGGAAAAAAUGGAAAAUACAGCAAUUCAAUUACAUUCAGUUUAAGUAAAAAAGGACAUAAAGAAGCUCUAGAUUUCAAAAAAGAUAAAAAGUUAACAGUUGCGAGAGGAGAGUGCAUCGAAGCGUCUUUUACGUCAACUUAUACAUCAGAGCAUUCCUGUUUUACGACACGAUCCGGACACGAUGAUCCAUUUUUCAUCAUGCUCUUACAUUCAUGUGAAUGGCCAAAUAACACUCUACUCAAUUCAUUACCACUCUAUUCAUCUGAAAAAGUAAAUGUAAAAACAACUGGGAAAAUUAAAGUUAAUGGUAGAAUACUAUAUUCAUCAACUGGCAAACCAUAUUCUGUAAAGGAUAAAGGGAAUACAGAGAAAGAUAAUAAAACCCGUGGAUCAAUCAAAUUUAGUUUUGAAAUGAAGAAACAUGUUACAGAUGGUGCAACAGGCAGUCUUAUAUUUAAUAACGUCACUGAUGAUGAUGAAGGGCAGUACAUGUACUCACUAAAAAUUGUAGAUGACAUAUGUCAGGCUGAUACCAUUUACAGGAGUAACGUCGACAAAACACUGUUUAUCAGCCCUAUUGGAAUUGUACUCAGUGAUCAAGUGUAUUCAUUUGCACUAAAAACUGGAAAAGGAAAGGAAGGACAAAGCUAUAUUAAAUGUGUUGGUAAACCUCAAUCUGAAAAUAAGAACAUUAAAAUUACAUGGAACGAUGUUGCUGAAGUUAUACUCAAACCAGAAGAAGAGUUGUUAAGCUUCGUUGCACUGCCUGGCCUAGAACAGCCAUACAUUAUCCUUGGAUAUAUAAAUGUAUCUAAAGAUAGAAGAAUUUUAGGGAAGAUGUUUUCUUUACUGCCAGAUGGAAGCUUUAAAAUUAUCAAGAACAUCUUUGAGAAUUUGAAAUCUGAGGGACCCAUCGAAAUUUUCAAAUUUGAUCCUCAUAGCGGCAAAAAGCUAUCAAAUGGACGACUCGUCGUCGGUGGCUGGAUAAAGCGUGGAUAUCAGAAGAGGAAACUUGAUGUCGAAAAGCAAUCAUGUGAAUAUGAACCGUUUAUUAUGUGGACAGAUGACGAAAUUAAUUGGAAUUUAGGAGAAAAUCUGAAGAUUGAAGAAGCUAAAGAAAAUAUGCGAAUACAGGUGACAGAAACAGGCAAUGGAAAAAGAAUGGUUGUGAUUAUUUCAUCUUUAGAUGCCAAAAAGGUCUUAUACGAAGGACGAAGUUAUGAUUAUUGCACAACGUUUACAAGUAACACUAAAGACUGGAAAUUUAAAAUGCCCGUAGUAAGUUUCGCAAUUCUUGGUGGAUCGUUGGUUUGUGCUUCGUCCAUGGAAUGUAUGGAAACUUCAGUACCGCAUGAUGGUGAAGAGGAAGGAUCAUCUGAAAAUGCAAGGAAAGAAAAUUUACCAAAGACAGGGUGGAGUAUGUUAAGCAAAAUCAGAGGCAUGUUCACUUAUCCACUGUCAUUCUACUCAGGAGAGUCAUCAAGUAAAUCAACAAAAAACUACGAAAGUGUACCCACAAUUAAAGCAACAUCAACUAAUAAUGAUAAUUCAAUGGAAAAUGCAACGGAAGAAGGCUCACCAGAUACAAAUACAUUGUCAGAAAAGCCAAUUGAAUGCUCAGUGGAAGAGGUCUCAGAAAAUAUAAAGAAACGGCGUUCAUUAGGCAAAUUUGCUAAGAAGGUCACGAACAAAUUUACAACCAAGUCGAAAGAAAAGUCACGUGGAAGUGAAUCAGCAAUACAGUCUGAAAGUGCAUUCCUUACUGAAGAAUCUACACUAAAUAAGGAGGAAUCAACAGAAAAUACAAGGAAAAAAGACUCAUCAGAAACAAAUAAACAGGAAGACGAAGAAGAAAUUACGGCAACAAUAGAAGAAUCACUUGAAGAUUCAAUGGAAGGGUCUUCGGAAAAGGUAAAGAAUCGAAGAUUACUUGGCAUAAUUCCAAAGAAGGUCACUAAAAAAUUGCCAACCAAGUCAGAAGGAGAGUCAUCUGGAAGUAAAUUAACAAAGCAGACUGAAACAUCCGAAAUCGAAGUAGCAUCCAUGGACGUCAAAGCAGCUUCAUCGCAAACACAAGAUAGGUCAACGUGGGAGGGAUUGUGGCAUCUGGAACAAGACACAACCAAUGACAAAGCGAUCCGCCUGAGACCAGUAAAAGACAACGAUUCAUUGGGUACUACUGACGACUUCGUUACUAUCUUGGAAAAUAGAAGUAAAGUUCAAUGCGAACAAAUCCUGCCAUUCACAUGUAAAGGAAAAUCUUGGUUUUUGAUGAUUUACAAGACACAUUAUAUAAACGACAAAGACGAUGAACAAAACCAUAGUUUGUGUACUAGAUAUCACGUCUUCUCACUAGAUAAAAUUAUGGGUGGUAAAUAGUAAUGACACCAAAGUUAUUAUUAUAUACAUGGAUAAAAACCAUAUAAUAAAUAAAAUUUGGAUCAAUAAUAAGCAGUUGGCAAUGGUAACAUCAUUAGGAUUCAUAUUUGUAGCCAAUGAUGUUAUUUUUAUUUGAUUAAAUGUAAUAUGGUGUACCGUA